AUCCAUGCCAAUCCAGGAAGUAGCAAGUAGCCACACGGAAUUUAAUGUAGUCGAAACAAGGGAAUAAUUUGAUGUCUGAAAAGUGUUUCCCGAGUUUUAUCUAAUUGAAACUGCAUUGUACUGUCAGAAAUGGCUUUGUGUCACAUGAUUACAAGACUCAACCGACUUGCUAAUCGACAGAGCAUGCAUAACAUAGGACAGGCCGCAACUGGUCAUCAGUUCAGCACAAGUCAAGCAUAUUGCAAGAAAACUUUAAAUGACUACACCGUAAUGACCGAUGACGGCUCCACAAUUGUGUGCUGGCAUCCUGAGAGGGAGUUCCCUUAUGAACACACAAAGCCUUUACCUGUGAUUGAGCCACGAGUCAGAGAGGGUGACUCGGUGCUGAAGCUUCAAGUGCGAGUGGACAGCUUGAAGCGUGGUUACAGGAAUGAACGCUUAGAAAUUGAAGAGCUGUGCAAGCUCACGUACACCACCAAGCACAGAUGGUAUCCAAGGAACGAGGAAAAAUACAAGGACCCAAAUCCUCCAAUUGACAGAGAAGGACUCUAGAGCAAUAGAUAUGUACUCCAAGGAAAUACAGCAGCUUAGCGCAUCGUUCUUGUUGAAAAUGAAUGAGGCAGUGUGAUUUCAAACAAACAAACAUACAAAACUCUUCUAUUGUUUUGCUGUCUGCUGCAUGCUGUUGCGCAGCUGUUUCCUACCAGACUCCAAGCUGACUGAAACUGCUAUUCACUUGUGCUCGAGAUCAAAGUAGGAUGAAAGGGGGAUGAGUAAUUCAUCGCAUAAUGCAUCAUGAUGAAAUAUUUCAUGAAAAAUGCGUAUGUGUUUGUGCAAGCAUGCUACGUGAUUGAAGCGAUGUUAGGGUUUGAUAUCAUGGUUGCUACAGUGGAUCCACUCUGAUAUGUAACUUGAAGGAAUGAGAUGUGCUGAUUUGUUGUGAGUGAUUUCUAGCUGGUUACUCAGAGUUUUAAUCCCAUAUUGCUGACACAUACUCUCGCUAUGGUCAGAUGAGUGUCUUGUAGAUAACAAAUUUAAAGUUAGUUUUGGGUAGGACAGAAGUUUCUUUUGAGGUAUGCCAGCGUCCGAUUAGCACAUUUUUGAUGCCACAUUCAAUGUGAUUAUUUCAGCUAAGAUUAGCAGUAUGAAUGUACAGGUAACUAUAUGAUUCAACAGAUUCAGGAACAACACCAUCAAGAUGUGUUGGUUACGUGCUCGUGGGGACGAGAGAUUUGCACGUGUUUACACUUUUUAGCAUUUACAUUCAUUUGCCAUGUGUCACACACACACCAGGAGGAGAGAGAGUAGAUGUGAGGCUCAAGUGCAUGAGUGUUGUUGUCGGUAGAUAUUUCGAGAAUACCACAAGCAUCUGCAAAUAAAUGAAUCAAAGGAGCAAAGGCAGUUGGGGAGAUCCCUGAUGUAAUGAAUAGUAAGGGCCCAAGAGCAGAACAUCCGUAAAGUAAUGAGCACAAACACUAAAGACGAACACAAGAGAAGUGGACGGGACGAGCGCAAAUGGUCACCUGGGUGAUUUCACGCGGAAUCAGGCAGGGUGGUCCAGUCGGCCUCUCCGAUUUUUUUCUUUCAAACACAUGUCAAAGCCUAGUCUGUAGGAAGAAUAUUGACAGUGAAAUUAAUUGAAAAUAGUUAGUAGUUAUGUGUUAAUUAGUUACCGUUCAUAUGCGGACGCUUCGACAACAGCGCUUCCUAUGAAGUUUGAUGCAGCGUAUCUUCAUAACCAUUCAACAUAUUCAGCCGAAUUAUUUUUCGACAUGCUGUCACCGGUUGGCCGCGUUGUAUCCCAGGUUACGAAGAUUCGAAGGUCUUCCUUUGUCCAGUUUUAAAAAUUGCAAAGUUGCAUUAUUUGUAAAUUUGCACCUCACUGAUCUUCUUUCAGUUGUGAUACCUAAAAGUAAUUUAUGUCAUUCUGUUCGCCUCGAAAUGAUCUUUCUUCUCGUAGCAAGCACGUCGUUUCGUGAUUUGGGACAAUGCAUCGAGCGUCAGUUUUGUGAAGGGUGGUCUACUGAAAAUUGAUAAAUUCAAUAGCCCGCUUCUCAUAUACAGUGAACCCUCGUUAAUGUGCCCCCCCCCUUUUAAUCUGACAUACACGCUUUAUGACCGCUUUUCUCGGAAACCGUUCCGCUGGCAUGUAACUCAUUAAUAUCUCAAUCUGUUUAUGGCACAAUGACCAAGGUUUUUAUCACAAGUAGGGUCAAACACAGGCAUUAUCUACUCGUUAUUAUGACCGCGUCACACGACCCUCAGAGGAGCCCCCGGGAGAGGCCAUGCGCUUCAUGCUGUAGAGCGUCCAGGUUUGGGACGAACCCUGAAAUUGUUGACCUCGAGGUUAUGCUCCUAUCGCUGUUCGAACCACUGAAAUGCUUAAAAAGGCGGUGGCCAUGUGCAGGAGCAGGUCACGCUGUGCUGCUACUGUCAUCACGUAAGGAUGGAAGAGGACUGAUCUGGCAGCCGGAAUGAAGAGCGGCGUUACACAAAUGAGGCAGCAAAUAGUUAUUUUUUUACCAAAGAAAGAACAUUGAUAAUGUGUCCACAAUAGACCUCUACCAGAGAAACGUCGUCAUGACGUUUGUAGACAGACUGAAACCGAAACAAAUCGGAAGGAGAGGGCUGGGUUCCACGAACGGGCACUUGUUCGCUACCUCCCAUUGAGAGAAAAGUAGGACCGAAGGUCUCGUCCCUUCCAGGGCCCAUCGUAAUCCCCUCAAGACCGUGGCUUCCGGGCGCGACCUCGUUCACCUCAAGCUUCGAGCGUAGUUCAACUCUACCAAAUUUGUGGCGCUGUCGAGCACUAUGACGUCAUUUGUUUACAAACAGGGAGAGGUCUAUUGAUGGUGCUAUUGUCCACUCACAAAAAUUAAUUACUGAUAAUUGCUCGAAGCAGACAUUGUUUAAAGAUUGCUCAGAAAAUAAAUCAUAAUUACGCACGCUCUUGUUGCGCGUAGCGGUCUGUCCGAUCCGCAGAGGGUGCGUUUCUCGCUAAUAUGCCAAUUCGCUUUAUGACCAAAAUCCGCAGAAACGGCACUGGUCAUAUUAACGAGGGUACACUGCCCAUUCGUGACGUUGUUCAUAUUUCUCACAAACUUUGUUCACGACGACUCAAAAUGGCACAUCAAAUGGAAAUUUGCUUCAGAGAUGGGUGAAGUUACAUUUCAGAGGUGCAAAAUGCGACUUCUGCAGCGACUUCUCAGUAAAGUGGGCAGCAACGGCUAGAGCUGUUCUUUUUUCUCUCGAGACCUCUGAAAAGUGCACUAUUAUAUGUAAAAUGAAGUCAAAAUAGUGCUUUGAGAACAUUUCUUCAACAAACAACAUUAACUGUGAAAAUAAAAAAAAUAUGAAGAACCUGCACAGAAGCGUGCCGAUGAGGCGAGAAAUGAAAUUGAACGCACUUCUGAUCGCUUUUGCUGCUGUGGACCUCAGGUUGCACAGUGUACCCCUCCGACUCUGUCACAUGCACUCUUGUCAUCCCCAUUUGCAGUGAACACCCACUUUGAUGUCACGUAGUUUGUAUUUGGAAGUUCGUAUAGUCUGUACCGAUUCUUGAAAUGGACAGCGGACAUGUAGGUAAUUGUUGAUGAUGUAGUAAUUUUCAUCCAGCCAGGCUUCAAUGAUGUUGGCAGCGAGUCUUAAACUUCCUUCGUCGCACCUGCAGUCCUCUUCAUGUCCCUGUCCUCACCAGUCAAAAAUUGUAGCAGCAAAAAUUGUAAAAGCAGCAGCCGUCCAGUCCUGCCUGUGUUUUACCCACUCUUGUCCGUGUCUUGCCUGCUGCUUGUCAUACGUUAUGAACUGGCACCAGCUACCCCGCAUUGUCCCCGCAGUGAAAAAUUGUACCUUCUUCCUCCCAUACAGAACCCAUGCAUAUCAUGCUUUAAUGCAGCCUCUUAAAUUUCUUCUAUUCAAAGUUGAUGUCUUUUGUUAAAUACAUGUUUUCAAAGCCCUA